AUGGCUUCAAUAUUGAAGCGCAAAAGAGCGCAGACGGAGGUAGCGGAUAUUCCAAAAAGAUCCAAACCUACCACAGAAUCAGCGAACCCUUCCGCGAAAUUUGCUCAGAGCAAUGGUGGAUUUGAUAUUUUCGAAGCGCUGGGAAAUGGAAAGGAAUUGGCUCAGGUCAAUGGUGCGCAUGUCAAAGACGAAUUCGAAUCAACAGAGGUGAUUGAUUUUGAGGAUCUUUUCGAGGACGUGCCAUUCGAGUCAGUGGAUUCGCAAGCAAAACGAGGAUUGAAGCCAAAGAAAGAAAUAUGGGAAAAGAAAAUUCCACAGGCACCGAAACCAGUGAAAGACCACAGUUGGAGAAUAUCCGAGCCUGUUGGUGGCCGUAUAAUUGAUGCAAAUCCUGUGUUCACAGAGGAUGAGAAAUAUCUGAUCUUAGCAAACCGAAUGAGCCUCCUCAUCUACUCAACUUCCGACUCUCUACUCACCCGAACGAUCAAAUUUGACCACUUGAAACAUCCUUUCGCUCAUAUAGUUGCAUACGAACUCUCACCCACUGAUUCUAACAUUAUUUGGGCAGCCUUGUCUGACGGCGCUAUAUACCGCGUAGAUUGGACUUCGGGAGCUGGCAAUGAUCAAUCUUGGAAGAUUUCGUCGACCGGAUGUAUACAUAUGACUGUUGCUUCUAUGGUAUCCGCCGGACGACGAAGAGAUGUGGUAUUCACUACUGAAACCAAGAAGGAUGGAGGCUGGCGAAUUACUGCAAAUGAAUUGACUCAGCCUGGUUCGCCGAUACAAACAGUCGCAAGAACCAUAUAUACUUCAAAAACACCGAUCAACUACUUAAAAACUGCGAAUGAAGGUUCCGUACUUCUUGCAGCUUCCGGGAAAAGCAUUUUACUCGGUUAUGUUCGAAACUUGGACUUUGAUACUACUGACAAGAUCAAAUAUGUAUUUCGUGUCUUUGAUUCGACUGCUCCUAUCAUGUCAUUGGAUGUACGAGUAUAUCCUAGAACCGUUAUUGAUGACAGGAAUAUAUCUAAAAAGACACCAGUGGUCGACGUAGUUGUUGGCGACGCGAAAGGAUUUAUUUUCAUACAUCGUGACUUGUUAGGCAAUCUCAUACAAUCAGAAAAUAAAAAUUACGCUUCCAUGGUCAAUCUUGUACCAGCAAGAUUUCAUUGGCACCGAAAAAGUGUUGAGACAGUGAAGUGGUCCCUGGAUGGAAACUACAUCAUAUCUGGAGGCAGCGAAACAGUGCUCGUACUUUGGCAGUUGGAUACUGGAAAGAAGCAAUUCUUGCCCCACAUGACGUCGACUAUUCUUAAUGUGGUCGUGUCUCCUUCUGGGUCAUCAUACGGUAUCCAGCUCGCCGAUAACUCUGCGAUGGUAUUAUCAACCGCCGAACUGGAACCCACGGCAAAUUUCGCUGGUAUCCAAUCCAGCGUCAUCCGGUACGCCGAACCUCAAGCAGAUGAAGUUCAGAGAGCCAAAUCCCAUAUUUACAAGUUUCAUGUGGUACAGCGGACACCUGCCGUUAUUAGUUCUUCGAACCCCUCACAUCUGUUACUCGGUGUUGGAGAAAAUCCAGAAGUACCAUUUUACGGAGCUCCCGUCAGGAAUUGUUCGUUCUUACAAACUUAUGAUCUCAGUGCCGGGCAUAAUGUCUCAAAGCAAGCUCUUGCAAGGACGAAUGUUACAACUUUAAAUGAGACGCCCAAUGCACUUCCAAUCUCAGAACCCAGAAUCACCCACAUUCAAAAGUCUCACGAUGGACUUUGGCUAGCUACUGUCGAUGAGUGGACACCUUCUCAUGCCGACCUCGAUUUCAUUCAACAUCAAGCCACAAGUCCUUUUGCCGAGCUCAAAAUAAGACGCGAAAUCUGCUUGAAGUUCUGGCAGUGGAAAGAAGAAGGCCAGUUAUGGGAAUUGGUAUCGCGAAUUAACACCCCCCACACGGCAAGUGAUGCCGCACCUGGAGCAGGCCAAAUUCUAGGCCUCGCCACGGACCCUAGCUCUUUGAGGUUCUCUACAAUAGGAGAAGACAGUGUGGUACGCACGUGGGUUCCAAAGACUCGAAAAAGAGAUGGCAUUGCGGUUAAGGACGGAAAGGGUAAUGUACUCAAAAACUGGCACUGCCAGCAUGAGAUUCAACUCGAGAAGUCUGAACUUACCGAUGACUACUUGCGUAGCACGCCAUACAAUGGCGCUGUAGCGUUCGCUGAUGAUGGCUCAAUACUAGCUGCAGCAUUUGCUUGA